CCUAAAAUUCGUAAUCAUGAAAAAGAACGGCCAAGCCCCUUUGAAAGUGUUUUAAAACCUUUUAUACAAUCGUAAUAUGUCAUCUUUCACAUGUUUACAAAUAAUAUAAAUCUAUAUAAAUAACCAAUAAGUGAUAUCAUAUAUUUUUAAUUAUUACACAAUAAUUAUAAUCAAUUCUUCCUGUAAACAUGUCUGGGACAUUGAAACCGUAUUUGACAGCGGUGAGGCGCACACUUACCGCGGCAAUGUGUAUGGAGAAUUUUCAGUCCCAAAUUGUUGAAAAACAUAAUAAACCUGAAAUAGAAGUCGGUAUGAGCAAAGAAUUAUUGUUGACUCCAGUUAUUGUAAGUAGGAAUGACAAAGAAAAAGUUUUAAUUGAAUCGAGUAUUAAUAGUAUGAGGAUAAGUAUAGCUGUUAAACAAGUUGAUGAUAUGGAGAGAAUUUUGUGUCAUAAAUUUACGCGCUUCAUGAUGAUGAGGGCGGAAAAUUUUAUGAUUCUAAGGAGAGUACCUGUUAAAGGAUAUGACAUAAGUUUUCUUAUAACAAAUAUACAUAUAGAACAAAUGUAUAAGCACAAAAUAAUAGAUUUUGUUAUACAUUUUAUGGAGGAAAUUGACAGAGAAAUAAGUGAAAUGAAAUUAUCUAUGAAUGCAAGAGCUCGUAUUUGUGCUGAAGAAUUUUUAAAAAGGUUUUAAUAACUAAAAAAAAAAACGAUUUAAAAUCGUUGGCGAUAGUUCUGUAAAGUGGAGAAGAAAAAAAAAAUAAUCAACGACAGAAGAUUUUAAAAGUUAUCUAAUUUAUUUUUUUUAUAAUUUUCCAAUUCUGUACUACGAUGACCAAUAAGCGACUAAAUAAAAGGAUAAUCAGGGCAAUUUGUAGAUUAGUUACUAAAAAAAAUAAAUAAUCUUUUAAUUAAUACUGCAGAGUCUAUCGCUCACAUUGUGCAAUUAAAAUACACACGUACAGACUAAAGUAAAUUCGAAUACGAUGAUGCAUUUCCAUUCCUCUCAAACACUUUGUUGAUAAAAUCACUUUUUUAUUUUAUUAUAUUUUUAAUAACAUACUUCAACGCCUCUCAUCUUUAAAUAUAAAUAUAUAAAUAAUUGAGUAAGUUAAUUAAUUAAAUAAAAAUAUAACAACUGCCGAACGGAUUAAAAAAAGUUAAUAAAUAAAUAAUACUGCAUUUAGAUAAUGAAUAAUGACGAUUGUAAAAUACUUGUUAUAAAAAUAAAAUAAAAAAUAAAACAUAGAAUUAUAAGGUGCUCUUUGGUCUUUAUCGAUAGGUUGUAAUUACUAAAUAAUCUAGUGAUUACUCUUUCGAACUUCCAGCAUUGUAAUUUAUAUUUAAUAAAUGUCUAUUGAGUAAAUAAAAAAAAUUGAAGA